GUGCAAGAAACAAUUUCAGUACAGUGCUACAUUAUUUAGAAACUAGAAGGUUGGCUAGCUAGUUGUAAUUUACAGUAUUGUUUGUCGAGUAGACCCCUGUCUGUUCUCAGAUUUUAUGUUUGUGCUUUGCAGCUUUUGAUUUUGUGCUCGUUUUACAACAAAGGCAUGGCGUGCGCACAGCAAGUGAGAACAUCACAGCUGUCUCCUGAUCAGAUUGUCUCGGAGCAGCAGUCAUUGGUUGUUAUAAAGAAGCUUCUGGCCAUCGCAGUGUCUGGCAUCACAUACCUCAGGGGUAUUUUCCCAGGGAAAGCCUAUGGGAGCAAAUAUCUGGAAGAUCAGCAAGUGAUGAUCCUUAGAGAGGAGCACAGCUGUCCUGGUGCCAGUCAGAUUCUUCAGUGGAUGCAGGGGUGCUUCGAUGCCAUCCAGAAGAAAUAUCUUCGGACAGUCAUUAUGUCUAUUUAUACUGACCCAGAGAACCCACAGAAAGUGACUGAGUGUUACCAGUUUAGUAUCCAAUACUCUGCAAAAGGGGCGCAAAUGGAAUUUGAAAGCAACAACAACAUCAAAGUCUCAUCAGUGUCAUGUGGAAACACCAGGAAAGCCAGCAUCCUGCUGGUGAGGAAGCUCUACACUCUGAUGCAGAACCUGGGCCCUCUGCCAGACAAUGUCUGCCUCAACAUGAAGCUGGCUUACUAUGAUGAUGUUACUCCUCAGACCUACCAGCCACCCGGCUUUAGGGAGGCUGACGGCGACACUAUGGAGUUUGAGAAGGAGCCUGUCAGACUGACCGUGGGGGAGGUGGUCAGCCCCUACCACACUUUAAAGUUUGACAUGGCCACAGAGAGACACAGGCUAGAGCAGGUGGAGGAGAGCAGUCAAGUGAAGGAGAAUUGGCUCCUGAAGAUGGACGAGAAGGAGGAUGUCGUCACCCAGAGAGAAGUCCCCAAAGAUGUGGAGGAGUCUCAAAAUGACCUGGAUGGCACUGAGAUCCAGAUGAUUUGUGAUGAGGAGAUCAAGACUUGUGAAAAAGUCCCGGAGAUGGAGACUCUGGUGAAGAGAACCUCUGAUAUGGAGGUGGACAUAAAAAGGACCAGGAGCGGACGGAUCAUCAGGUCGACUACGAAGACAACCCUGAGUGUGGGCAACAAGCAGCUUACAGCUAUGAAGGACAAAAUGGUUUCUCAGUAUGAGAUUCCCACCACCCAGGAAACACCAUCUACCACUGUGCCUAAGAAGAAACGUAAGUUUAGCGAGCCUAAAGAACGUUACUGACUUCACACCCUACUGCUGAUCCCGCAGUGAUGUUUUUUAUUUUGAUUUCGUUUUUGAUCACAAGUUCCACCGUUUGAUUUUUUUUAGAGGGUGUUACCCACUUUUUUGGCAAUGUUUCAGAAACAUUUUGAGGUUGUGACAUUACUGCGAAAUGGUUAGUUUUGUUUAACAGUUUGAAUAACAUGCAGAUCUGAAAUGCAUUGUUAAGUAACGUUCAUCUGUGAUAUUGUAAUACUUAUACACAAAACAGUGUUUGCUACUUUUUUUAAUGAUUGUUUUAUUGUUACCAUUAUCAGUUACUUGUGUAUAAAGCAGUACUGUAAACAUGAAUUAAAUGCAAAAAUACUUCAAA